GCCAUUGGAAGGCACUCAUAUGUUCCCAUUUCAUCACUAAGUAUUAUUGCAUGGAGAGUGGAAAAUUUUAAUGAACGAAAGGACUUACUCCAUCUGUUAUAUUCUUUGCCUCAGCUGGUCUCUUUGCCCACCUUAGUAAUAGCAUCCUAUCUUCCAAGGUGAAGCAAUAGAGAGAGAGAGAGAGAGAGAGAGGGAAAGAAAGAGGAAAUAAAAUAAUGGGGAGGGGGAGAGUGGAGAUGAAGAUGAUUGAGAACAAGAUAAACCGCCAGGUGACCUUCUCCAAGAGAAGAAAUGGGCUCCUAAAGAAGGCUUAUGAGCUGUCGGUUCUUUGCGACGCCGAGGUCGCCCUUAUCGUCUUCUCCGGUCGUGGAAAGCUCUAUGAGUUCGGGAGCGUCGGGGUAAGCAAAACUAUCGAGCGAUAUCAAAGUUGCUGUUAUGCAUCUCAAGAUGCUACUAUAGAUGAACAUGGAACACAGAACUGGUACCAGGAAUUUUCAAAGCUGAAGGCAAAAUAUGUGUCCCUACAGCGUACGCAAAGGCAUUUGCUAGGAGAAGAUCUUGGGCCCUUGAGUGGGAAAGAAUUGCAGCAACUAGAACGACAACUUGAAUCAGCUCUGUCACGAACCCGACGAAUGAGGAUACAGAAAAUGCUGGACCAGAUGGAAGAACUUCAGAAAAAAGAGCAUCAUUUGGAAGACAUCAACAGGGAGCUCAAAAAUAAGCUUGAGUCUGGAGGAUGCUCCUUAAGGGCCAUUCAAGAAUCUUUGGAAUCUAAUACCAUGAUUGAAGGCAAUCCAUUCCCUUUGCAUCAUUCUCAGUCCAACACGAUGGUCUGCGAACCCGCUCUACAAAUAGGGUAUCACCACUUUUUCCCUCCUGAAACAACCACCUCAAGGAACAAUACUGUGGAGAAUAAUUUCAUGCAGGGCUGGUUCUUUGAACAGAAUGGACAUGAUCCCUGACGUUAGACAUAGGGUAUCAACACCAGUAUUUAAAGACUGAGAUGCCUUCUUGAUGAAAAAUAAUGAUUGAAAUCUUUAAGCAGUUUUUUGUUUGCUAAAGCUGGACUUCAGUAUUGUGUUGUCUGUCAUAAGUUUUUAAUCGAUUGUUUAUUUGCUUAAUCUGAACUUCAGUAUUGUGUUGUGAAACCUGCUCACUGUAUAAACAUUGACUCUGUAGUAAUUUUCGCUUACGAAGAAUGCCAUUUUCGGUGAUGUAGUAAUUAAACCAUAAAA